GAGUCGUAAAGUGAAGCUAAAAAACAUGACCAAUUAAACAACCCUAAAAAAACCUCAUCAUUCAUCUCUAUUUCCCCACUAAUUUCCUUCACAAUUUCACACCAUCUUUCUCUGUAAAUACCCUGUAUUUCCCAUCAUCUGAAACCCCCAUAAAACCCCUCAAGUUUUCACCUUUUUUUGUGGGUAUUUUUCUAAUGGGAAAUACAAAUCAAACCCAACAAAACCCAGUAACAAUUCAUCAAAAUAAUGAAGAAUUAACAAAUUUUACUUGUGAGAUAUGUAUAGAGCCAGUAACAAGCCCAAACACAAAAUUUAACAAUAAUAAUAAAUGUAUGCAUCCAUUUUGUACUGAUUGUAUGAUCAAGUACAUACAAGUGAAGCUAGAUGAAAAUGUGUCUAAUAUUAAAUGCCCAGCUUUAAAUUGUAAUAAUUUUUUUGACCCUUUAUCUUGUAGACCAAAAAUUGGGCAAAAGUUGUUUGAUCAAUGGUGUGAUGUGUUGUGUGAGUCUGCUUUGUUGAGUUUUGAUAGAAUUUAUUGUCCUAAUAGGGAUUGUUCAGCUGUUGUUGUGAAUGAGUGUGGUGGUGGUACUAGUUUGAAGAGAUGUGUUUGUCCUAAUUGUAAGAAACCGUUUUGUUAUCGGUGUAAGAUUCCGUGGCAUGCUGGGUAUAGGUGUGAAGAGAGUGGGGAGAUGAGGGAUGUUAACGAUAUCGCGUUUGGUGUUCUUUCUGAAAGGAAUCAGUGGAUGAGGUGUCCUGCUUGUAGACAUUGUGUUGAACUUGUUAAAGGUUGCGCCAUUGUUCGUUGCAGGUGUGGCAUUGAGUUUUGCUACAAGUGUGGGAAAAAGGUUGAUCGUCAUUGGUGCAACUGUCGGAGAACUUCUACGUGUUGCAUGUUCGUUUUUCACAUUUGCAUAGUGAUUUUGGUUCUGUGGCCAUUUUUUCUUCUAGGUAUGGCUAUAUCAAGAAGGAACCGCUAAUUGCAUUGACCAGGAUGAUAUGAGAUAUUAAUAUAUUAUAAUUCCUCUUAUUAAUGUUAAUGUAAAUAACAGUAAAAAAAAAGAAUGAUUAGUUUAGCUCCAUGUGCGUGUGAUAUGUGUUGGGAAGGAGCUAAAUAUAAACUUAUGUAUCUAGUAGAAUAAGUCUUUAAGCCCCCUUCUCUAGUGUAAAGAGUGCAAGUGAGGUUACGAGUGGUGGAUUUUUAUAUAAUUUUAGUUCACUAGUUUUACCAUAUUCUUGUUCUGCCUGUUGUUAA